AUGGCACUGAAGACCCAGGUGCAGGCAGACCCCCUCACUGUGCUGCAGGUACUCAUGGCGUCCCCCCAGACCCUGCUCCUCAGCCUGCUGCUCCUGGCAGUCACUGCAGGCUGGGCUGAGGCGGCCGCCGUCCCAGGCUGCUACCUGCACCCCUUAAAUGUGACCGUGCGGAGCGACCACGAGGGUACCUGCCAGGGCUCCCUGGUGGUACAGGCCUGCGUGGGCCACUGUGAGUCGAGCGCCUUCCCCUCCCGGUACUCCGUGCUGGUGGCCAGCGACUACCGCCGCACCAUCACCUCGGUCUCAGAAUGCUGCACCAUCAGCAGCCUGAAGAAGGAGAAGUUGCAGGUGCAGUGUCCAGGGAACCGGCGGGUGAGCAUGGACAUCUACACGGCCAGGGCCUGCCAGUGUAACGUGUGUCGCUUCGCUCGCUACUAG